ACACCAGCUGCCCGAUUUGCGACCCGCUAAUAGAAACAGACAGCAAUUUCUAUCACGACUUAGUUGAAUUAGUGACAGGCUACGAUCCUAGACUUACAAUCUCCGGCUAUAACCAAAAUACGAUCUUAACUUUUGCAGAUUUAAGAACACGUAGUAUAUAUCAAUUUCGAAGCCUUCUCGAAACACUCACGUACUGGAAAAUUCCAAUAAGUUUCCGGUUAUUCACUAACUCAAUAGUCGGUUCAGAAGACACGACAGUCGGAGAAGUAUCAGAAUUAACUGAAGAAUUAGAAGACAGUUAUAAAGACGAAGUUGAAAAUUUCCUACUUCAACGUCCUUCAAUCGAAUCAUUUGCAGCACAAUUUCCAGUAACCCCAGUACCUCAGCAAUUUUCAGCACUUCAACACGCCCUUGAUCAAGGUUCAAUAUUACGAAGACAAGUUCAAAGUUUAGUGAAAUUCGUUCGAACCCAAGAUUCAUCCGACCAAUCAGACAUAGAAUCUCCAUUAAAAAAUAAAGGAAAAGCAGUAGCUAGGAACCAAUCAUCUGACGAGUUAAGUAAUAACGCCGCCGAAUUAUCAGAUAACGCCGAAUCCAUUGUAACCCAAUUCGAUCAACAAAUAAACACACCGCCGGCAGACGACCAAUCGAAUAAUAAUAAAGUAAACAAAGACUCUGUCACAUUAGACGCGAAAUUCUUCGAGCCAGAAUUAGAUAAAUCCGAUACUGAUACAGAGCAGAAUCAGGCUUCAGAUCACUCAGUAACCGAGGCAGAACAAGACCAACCAACAGAAAGCUCUGAAUCAGAACGUGCCGAUUCCGAUACUGAAUCUGAAGACGACCAGAAUCUAUUAGUACCAAUAAAUCCACCCCAAGUACGAAUAAUGGCUAGGAACGCGAAUUACCCAGUUUUUGACGGUACUAGACCCGAGGCAUGGGCCAGGGCAAUGGAUAUUGCAUUUGCAGCAAAUCAAGUUAAUAACGAACCUAUUAAGAUUAACACUGCGGCCGCACACCUUGGUGAAUACGUAGAUUGGUAUUCUAAUCAACCAGCAUUUACUCACUGGACCGGAGGAAAUGUUGGCAAUAACGAUCGAAAUAUGAAAGAUAUAUUUCUGGCACACUUUAAAGGACCAGAAGAAAAGGCGGAAGCUUUAAAUCAAAUGUGGAAACGAAGGCAACGACGAAAUGAAAAUAUUACCAGUUACGCAAACGCGUUAGAAAGAAUCUGGAGUGCAACAGAGGUGAACAUACCCGACGCUAUCAAAUUAAGCCAAUUUAUUGGAGGAUUGGAACCAACAAUUCAGCCUUUGGUUAAAGCUCAAAACCCGCAAAAUAUCGCCGAUGCAAUUGCUGCGGCAAAAAGAGUAGCGACAGGCAGUACACACGCUACAUACCUCACUCAAGAGGAAGAAAAUCCAAUGGUAACCGGAUUGAUCAAACAAUUGGCGGAACUAAAUAAGCAAAUGGCAGAAUUAAAGGAAGAAACAGCUGGAAACAAUGCGGAACAAACGAUACAACAAAAACGAUUUAAUCGCAAUUGGACACAUGAAGAAAGAUUGUUGGAUAAAGCCAAAGAAAAAUACCUCAUACUCGGGAAAAGGGAGAGGACGCCCUUAAAGGGCAAAGGCGCGUCCUUACUACCAAUAAGACCCUCUAAUGCCGCGCAACAAUACGGAGCAUCUGAUGACUCAGGUCCUCUAUGUUGCAAAGCAAUAGUACAGGGAGAGGAAGCUGUAGCUCUAGUUGAUACUGGCUCUGCACUUACUCUAAUAUCAAAAGCACUCUAUGAUAGGAUCGUGCACAAAUUGGUAAACCCUAAAAUAGAAGAAUCAAGUGUGAAUAUCAUGGGGAUAGCAGGUCUAAGAAAAAGAUGUGAAGGCCGAAUUAAAGAUAUUCCAAUCAAGUUUAAGAAAAAAGAAUGGAAGCUCACAGCAGAAAUAAUACAUCAUCCAUCAGUUGAUAUAAUCCUUGGCCAAAAUUUCCUGACAGAAGUAAAGGCAAAAAUAUCUCUACCAGAUCUUCAGAUGACCCUGGGCGAUGGUAUAGAGAGAGAAUUGAUCAGGUUAUACCGCGAAAAAUCAGGAAAAGUUAACCUAUGCCUAAUGACUAAAUAUAAUAACAAGAAAAACAAGGAUCUAAAACCGUGGAGAAGACCAAAGAAACCAAUCCCUAAAAGCAAAUGGAAAUGCAGAGAAGGACCUAAAGAGCAAACAUGCAUUAAUAAACGAGCAUAUGAUGAUGACCCUAUACCAUGCAGCAAAUGUGCGAACAAAUACUGGGAAAAAGAAGACUAUGAUUAUAACAAGCAAAAAUACUCUGAUUUUAAAAUGGAGUACCAUAGUGACGGAUGGAGAGCCGUAUACGAAUGUCGAAUGACUAAAGGAGACCUUGCAGCUAAUAUUUAUGACCUAUGGGUAAAAGGAUCCGAACUCAAAAUGAACGGUGAAGUUGUGGUUGGAGGAAAAGCCCUAGGACAUAUAGGCUUAUCUUGGACAAAAUAUCACCCUGAAGCAGAACCAAAACAGCCAAGAGAGAAAGAACCGGGAUAUGAGUGGAGAUCUAACCAAUGGUACCGAGAAUUCGUUGGCGAACCAGAGGGAGAAACGAAUCAAUUGGAUGUUGAAUCUGAAAUAGAGAAUAUAGAACAAGGUCAGAUGGAAGUAGAUGAAUCUAUAUUCUAUAUUGACUGUUCAAAUGUUCAAAAUUUCAAGCACCAAAAAACAGUACCAAUCCAAGAAAAUGAACAUGGAAUAAUCAUUGAUGGUGACCAAUGGACUUGGCACGAGAUUCAACGCGUGCAAGCCCGCUUUACACGAGAAGCGAGAAGUAAUCAAUUACCCUACCAUUGGAAAGGACCCGAUUCUCAAUGUUGGCAUAGAGAUUAUUUAGGAGUAAACGAGAUAUGUGACAGCUGCAUAAUAGACCUCCAAGCUAUGACCAUUUUGUCCAAAGUGGGAGAUUCCCAAUUGACUCGAUGGGAAAAUGAAAAGAAAAUUAAACCACGAAAACGGCUCUUACCGGUUGAACAGAGACCAGCACGAUUCCCAGCAAAAUGGCAAACGUUUAAGAAUAUUCAAGCUCGACGAUGGAAAGACAGUGCAACAAUGCCAAAAGAAAAAGGAGAAGACUAUAUUCUAAUCGCAUCUGAGGAUAUUACAAUCAAAGGGUUAGGACAGGUACGGACAGAUAUCGAAAUCCAAGUACUACCAGAUCGAACAUUACUCCUUACACCGUUAGAAGGAGAAAACCGUUUCAUCAUGCAAGCUCAAGCCUUAACGCAAAAACAUCGAAUCAGCAUAACCAUUAUUACCGAUGAACGUACGGUAAUUCGAAAAGGAAGCGAAAUAGCCCGCUUAAUAACCUUACCUGGACUGUUGAAACCACCACUGCAGGUAUUAGCAGGACAAAAGGUUGAAAACAGACCUGCUCCAGUUGUUCAAGACCUCACACCCGAACAACAGAAACAAAUCGAUCUAUUGCUGAAAGAAUUUGAAUCAGUAUUUUCAAAGGACCUUAACGAUUUGGGACACGCGACUAUAAUCCAACACAAAAUCGAUACUGGCGAUGCAAAACCUUACCAACAAGUCAAAAACCGAUCCACUUGGUGUAAUCAAGAGUUUAUUGAAAAAGAAGUAGAACGUAUGCUCCAAGCGGGUAUUAUCGAACGCCUAAACAUCGAUGACCCAUCUACCUUAGCACGUUCCAAUGCAUGGGUAUCACCAGUGGUAAUUGUCCAAAAGAAAAACGGUAGCCAAAGGUUUUGCGUAGACUACCGAGCUCUCAACGCAGUCACCGUCCCAAAUAGACAUCCAUUCCCGGUAAUGGAAGAUGUCAUCGCUGACAUAGCGAAAAGUGGGAAGCAACCACAAAUAUUUUCGGCUCUAGAUUUAGCGAGCGGAUAUUGGCAAGUUGAAAUGGAGGAGGAAAGCAAACUUAAAACAGCAUUCUCUUGCCAUAAAGGAUUAUUUUAUUACAAUCGCUUACCUUUUGGUCUAAAAAACGCCCCAGUAUCAUUUCAAAGCAUGAUGGAAAUGAUAUUUGCGAAAGAAAUAGGCGACCAUUUAGCCGUUUAUAUCGACGAUAUAAAUAUAUAUUCGACAGAUUUCGAUCAACACCUGACUCACCUCAGAGGCGUUUUAGAAAAAGCCAAGAAAUAUGGACUGAAAUUAAAAAGGGAAAAAUGCAAGUUUGCUUGUGAGGAAUUGGAAUUUUUAGGGCACGUGAUUGGAAAAGAAGGCCUGGCGCCUGAUGAUAGGAAGAUCGAAGCGAUUAAGGAUUACCCAGCCCCAGUGGAUACCAAGGAAAUUCAAUCAUUCUUAGGAAUGACGGGAUUUUAUCGACAAUUUAUUCAAGACUAUUCCGAGUUGACAAAGCCGAUUACCGAUUUAUUAAAGAAGAAAAUCAAGUUUCUAUGGACUGACGAAUGCCAGGACGCAUUCGAAACACUCAAACGAUGUCUUAUCAAAUCUCCAAUUUUGGUAUUGCCGAACAAAAUUGGAAUGUUUACCCUAAUGACCGAUGCCUCAGAUUUUGCCUUAGGAGCAGUAUUGUCUCAAGACCAUGCUGGAACCGAUUACGUUAUUGCCUAUAUCAGCAAAAAGCUUAAUCCGACUGAACAACGAUAUCACGUGAACGAAAAGGAAGGAAUGGCAGUGACCUGGGCUAUUCAUAAGAAAUGUCGAAGAUAUCUCCAUGGCUGA